AUGAAUUGGAGCUACGUGUCGAUCAUCUAUGAGGAGUCAAAUUAUGGAAUAAAGGCGUUUGAAGAACUAGAAGAUCUUCUUGCUAAAUACUCAAUUUGUAUAGCAGUUAAGGAAAAACUUGUUAAAGAUUCUGGUGUCGCUCGGGAGUCAGCCUACGAUAGCAUCGUUCUCAAGUUGUUGACCAAACCUAGAGCUCGAGGUUUUGCUUUAACUAGGGAUAUUAACACUUCAGCGUUAACACCUUCCAUAAUUUGCAAACACACCACCAAAACUGAACGCGGUAGAAACAAUACUGGGGACAGUUCCCGUACGACUAAAGACUGUGAAAGCGUGCUUUUGGUCACGUAG